UAAUAAAUUCCACCAUCACAAAAGAUCAAGCUUAUUCAAGUCUAUUAAUUAACGAAGAUAUAGUACUGUGGUUUUUCUUAAUCUUAGCAUCUUGAUAAGGUAAAGAAAUGGCACAACACGGUACAAGCCAAAACCAAAUGCAGCUAGUUGAUGAACAUGGCAACCGUGUUCAUGAAAUGGGGGGCACUGGUGCUCAAGGAACUGCUAUGGGGUUCGCCCCUGCUGCUACAGGUACUGAUGCCAUGAACAAAGAGCAUGAACAUCACCAUAAAGGGCAGCAACAGCUUCGUCGUUCCGGUAGCUCUAGUUCUAGCUCUUCGUCGGAGGAUGAUGGGGAAGGAGGGAGGAGGAAGAAGAAUAAGGGAAUAAAGGAGAAGAUAAAGGAGACAUUAACUGGAGGCGCUACUGAUGAUAAGAAGGAGAUAGGUGAUCAUCAACAGACUGCACAAACUACUACUGCUGCUGCUGAUCAAACUGAAGGAGGAGAGAAGAAGGGAAUGAUGGAGAAAAUCAAGGAGAAGAUCCCUGGGAUGCAUUGAAGUCUCAAUCAUAUCAUCAUCUUGGAGAUGAACGAUUCGAGUCGUCUAUGAAGUCCUUCUUUUCUAUGCGUUGAGUGUGAGUGUUCGUUCAUUACGAGUGUGUUGUUCAAGUCGAGUGAUACAUAUAUAGCUAGUCAUAAAGCAUGGUGUUCCCACUUUUCUGUAUAUACAACAAGCUUAGCUAGGACAUGCCCUGCUUCCUUAAGAAGCAAGCAAGUUGCCCUGAUUCCUGUCUUGGAUAUAUGGCAAUUGCGUUUGUAUCUAUAAUUAAUGCUGUGUGUUAUGUUGCCUAUGCCUAAUAUAAUGCGGUUUUGGAAAUAAAUUAUUUAUAUACCCCAUCAA